GCUGAGCUGAUUGGGGAGGGGGCACUGGGAUUUGGUGAGUUAUAACGCGUUUGGGGGAUCCCCCCUCCACGCUUUCAAACUAGGGAUUCUCUGGGGGCUGUGAUGCUCGUGGGGAAAAGCCAGUUUGUUUAGUUCCCCUCGUUCACACCCCAAAACCUGUGAGUCUUGUAGUUAAAAGUUGAAUGUAGACACGCCCCUCCCCUAUAUGGUUGUAAAAGAAGAAUUAGAGUAAUAGGAAAAGAUUUUAAAAAAUUGAAGUUGGCAAACAUACAUGGGUUUGAUUGGCUAAAAAAUUAUCUCUGUGCAGAUGGGAAGCAUUAGUGUGGCCAGCAUGUAAUUAUUUUUACACAUCUAGAAUAGUAGCUAGAGUCAUUAAAGAUCCCACCUUAUGCGUUGGCAAUAAUGUAUUUAAAGAUGCAUCUGCUUAGUAGGAGAGCAUACAGUGGCUUGCUUUUCAGUCAAGGUUCCAUGGCAACUUGCCUUAGAAGAGGCAAAAGUUUAAUCAAGCCCCGUCUAUGUAGAAAUAUCAGCCUCUCCUGUCAGAGAUAUACAGUUAUGGCAUCGUGGAUAAUAGAUAGAUAUGGGCGAAAUGAUGUGCUACGAUUUACAAAUAACAUGACGUUCCCUGUAAUACAUUUUCCAAAUGAAGUCAUUAUUAAAGUCCAUGCUGCAAGUUUAAACCCUAUAGAUGUUAAUAUGAGAAAUGGUUAUGGAGUAGCUGCUUUAAAUAUGAAACGUGAUCCACUGAAAUUGAAAAGCACCGGGAGUGAAUUUCCUCUAACACUUGGUCGAGAUGUAUCUGGUGUAAUUAUGGAAUGUGGGCUAAAUGUGUCCUAUUUCAAACCUGGAGAUGAGGUAUGGGCAGCAAUUCCUCCCUGGAAACAAGGCACUAUAUCAGAGUUUGUUGUAGCUAGUGGAAAUGAGAUCUCUCACAAGCCCAAGUGUCUCAGUCACAUGGAAGCUGCCUCCUUACCAUAUGUCGGUCUAACAGCAUGGUCUGCAAUGAACCAAAUUGGGGGACUGAACCAAGAUAAUUGCAGUGGGAAACGAAUAUUAAUUUUCGGCGCUUCAGGUGGAGUUGGUACCUUUGCUAUCCAGCUAAUGAAAGCUUGGGGUGGUCAUGUGACAGCAGUUUGUUCUCAGGAUGCCAGUACCCUGGUGAAAAAGCUUGGAGCAGAUGAUGUGAUUGAUUACAAAUCUGGAGAUGUAGCAGAGCAACUGAAAAUGUUACCAUUGUUUGAUUUCAUCCUAGAUAAUGUUGGUGGACCCACUGAAAAAUGGUCUCUAGAUUUCCUCAAGAAAUGGUCAGGAGCCACAUAUGUUACUUUGGUAACACCCUUUCUACUGAAUGUGGACAGGCUUGGAGUAGCUGAUGGCAUGCUACAAACAGGAGUCACGAUUGGAACCAAAGCUGUAAAGCACCUCUGUAAAGGAAUCCAUUAUCGAUGGGCAUUUUUCACACCGAGCGGCCAAUCUUUGGAUGAGAUAGCAAAACUGGUUGAAUCAGGAAAGAUCCAUCCAGUUGUUGACCAAGUCUUCUCUUUUUCUGAAGUUCCAAAGGCCUUUCUGAAGCUAGAAGGAGGACAUGCACGUGGGAAAACAGUGAUCAAUGUAAUUAAUAAAAAAUAACAUCUACAGCCAUUCUGUUUUGCUUGCAGUUUGUGCUCGCUGAUGGAUGGCAUUUGAACAUAGACUUGAAGGCGUAGUUCACUACCAUUUCCUUGCAAGUUUCUCACAAAUGGUGUCCUAAGGUUAAAAUGCUUCUAAAAGUUUUAUAGGCCAUGAACCUCUAGGUACUAAAAGUUUAGUUUUUAAAAAGUUAUUGAAUAUAAAAUUCCUAAUAUAAAAAAUUGGUUGAGUCCUUUCUACACCAGUUUUGUGGUUUGUUAAAUUUAUGAAACAGAGGAAACGCUAAUGCCUUUUCUAGGUUGGCUAGAUUAUAGCCAUGUGUGAAGAGGAUUUGUAAUUCUUCAUGUGGACAGUAAUACCUAUCAUCCUGAUGCCACUAGCUAAGUUGACAGCUCCAUGGAGCAGUUUGUGCUGUAUGCAUGUUUUAAAUAAGUAUCAAAAUGCCUUGUGAAUGAUGACUUUGCCCCAAAGGAAGCACUGGCUGUCCUUAGUUGCAAACAAGUGUUGAAUUUCAAUCUACUGUUUCUUGAUCAUCUGUAUAGUAACAGCAACAGAAGUCAUUAGUACAGACACAAUUCUUCAGGGAUCUUGUCUUUGUAUGUGUUUACACAGCACCUAGCACAAAGCUGCUUAAUGCUACUGCAAUAUAAAAUAAU